AUGGUUCAGCUUUCCACCAUCUUCGGCACUUUUGCCCUCGUCAUGUCCGGUGUCCGGGCUGCCCCCAACCUCUCGCUCCGGCAGAGCCUCCCCGACCCUGCCGGCGAGAAGAAUGUCGGAAACGGCGCCGGAAUUCAGUUCAUCGGUGGCCAAUGUCUUGGAGCGGCCGAUUGCGCCUCCGGGUGUUGUGCAACACUCCCCCUGGCCGGCCAAACCAUCGGUGUCUGCUCGGGCGUCGGCGCACAGACCCAAGCUGGCAAGCAGGGCUGUGGUUUUGAGUCCCGCGGGUCUGGCAACCAGGGCGGCAACAACAAUCAAGGCGGUACCAAUAACAACAACCAAGGCGGCAACAACAACCAGGGCGGCAACGGCAAUCAGGGUGGCAAUAACAACAACAACCAGGGCAACACACAAACCGGCGGCACCGUCAAGCCAAGCACCCUUCAACCCGACCCGGCCGGCGCCAAAAACGUCGGCAACGGCCAGGGCAAGCAGUUCAUCACGGGCGAGUGCACCAGCGAUGCCGACUGCGCCUCGGGCUGCUGCGCCCUGGUGAACACGGGCCUCCAGCGAUUCGGCGUCUGCUCCGGCCCCGGUGCCAACACGCAGAACGGCAAGCAGGGCUGCUCUCUGCCUGUGUUUUAUGUUCGUUCCGCUUUGCUGCUUAUCAUACUUUCUAUGCUCUCUCUGCUGGGGCCAACCGUCGCCCUUGACGCGCCCCAAAACCUCAUUGAGUUCUACAACGCGGUGCGCGCCAAAGGCCACUGCUCCCACCAGUUGGCCACGGGCUUCUACAGUCGCGACCGAGGCCCCAACACCUUCUCAUACUGCGGAGACGCCCUUUCCACGUCGGGCGUUCUCUACCUUCAAGGCCGGAACGGCGCGCUAGUCAACCUGGACGUAGACUGCGACGGCACCGCGACCAACAGCAGCACAACCGGAGUCGAUGACGGCCGCUGCCGGCGCGACCUCAGCCCGGACUUGCAAUCGACCACCGCUUUCCGCGACGUGGUAGCCGGCUACAAGAAGCCCGGCGUGACCGACCUCAACCCGUACGUACACCCGUACGUGGUUUUCGGCAACAGCCCCGGGUCACGGCACCGGCGAAAGUGGAGGGCGUUUGACCCGACGCGGCACGGCAUGCGUCCCCUGAGCGUCAUGGCGGUUUUGUGUCCGGACAAGAAGACGCUCGUGUACGGCGUGUGGGGGGACACGAACGGGGACGACGGGGAGAAGCCCAUGGUCGGGGAGGCGUCGCUUGCGCUGGGUACGGCGUGUGGCGGUAAGAAGGUGGAUGGGAACAGCGGGAUUGAUGAGGAUGCUGUGUUGUUUUUGGGGUUUACUGGCGAUGAAGCGGUGCCUGGGCCGGAUGGGGCGGAUUGGGCGGCCAGGGACUUUGAUGCGUUCGAGAGGAGCAUUGAGGGGUUGGGGGGUCAGCUGGUGCAGCGGGUGCAGCGGGACGGCAUCACGGACUCGGCUGCGGGUCUCGGGGCUGGGUUGUUUUGGCUGGCGGUGGCUCUGUUUGUUGUGCUGAUACGCUUGCCACCAAUGGGGCUUUUCUGA